UUUCUGGGAUCUGAUGAGUAACAAAGUGCUCUUGAGGUCUUACUGGAAGAAUACAUUGAUCAAAGUUUGUGGCUUGAACAUACUCUUUUGGAGUUUAGAAUUUUGGUUUUAAAAGAGUUUUUAAAGAUCUAGUAAGAGAAUGGGAGGAGUUUGAGAAAAUUGUAUAAGGAUUUACAAGGGGAAAAACUGUUUGUUGGGUUUUCUUUUCUUCUAGGAUAUAAUCUACUUCAUAUAAGAACUUAAACUUAGAAGAAGAAGACUUUUUAAAUACAGGAGAAGGAGGAGAAGACAAACUAAAAGAAGAUCUACAAGAAGAAGGUUGAGAACUAGAGUUGCUAAUAGUAAGUUACUAUAGUGAAAGAUAUAUCUCCAUAAAAGUCAGACUAUCAGUUCGACGUUAAGCUAGGAAGGCGCCAGAGUCUUGAACACCGCUAGAAUACCUUGGUUAUAUGUCUGAUCUAUGAAACGCUUAUGAUUAGUAUUAUCUUGAUAAGUUGACCGAUCUACACACUGUUAAAAUAGUAUAAGAUAGUAUUGUCAGGACUCUACUAUCCGAAGAGCAACGUGUUUAUGACGUUAAGGUGUUAGGUGAAAGAUAAUAUUCACAUAUGACAAAUUAAGCUGGCAGUUAGAGCUCCAAACCAACAAAACUCACCCACCUGUAUUCCAUUAGAAGCCGAAUUCAUUCGCUGAUUAAAUUAUCUAUAGACUGCAGUCUGUAGAGAAUCGGAGACAAGAGGGAUACAAUGAGAAAAAGUGAGAAGACGGCGGAGAUUGCGGAGAGCAAAGAAUGGUACCUAGCAGGGUAUGCAGCCCAAGGCGUUCCAACCUCCGAGCAUCUGAAGCUCCGCAGUGUCCCGCUAUCCCUUACCCUUGAUUCCAUACCGGACGCCCAUGUUGCCAUUGAACUCCUCUUCGUCUCUAUUGAUCCUUAUCUUCGUACCCGAAUGAGCGGCCACGACGAUGGUUUAUAUUUUCCGCAGUUCAGCCUUAACCAGGUGAUAACUGCUUUUGGAAUUGGAAGAGUAAUCAGAUCCAAGGAUAAUAAGUACGAUGAGGGUGAUAUUGUGCUGAAUGCUUUCUUCCCUGUAGCCGAAUACUGUGUGGUGCCUUCUGAUGUCCUGAUAAGGAAGAUUGAUCCAGCUGCUGGGAUUCCCUUGCCAGAAUAUCUCAGUUGUUUUGGGGUUCCUGGGUUUGCUGCAUGGGUGGGGAUACAAGUGCUGGGAGACCUAAAGCCAGGCUCAAACGUCUUCAUAUCAGCGGCGGCAGGUGGUGUAGGAAUGUUUGCGGGACAAUUGGCUAAGCUCAAGGGUUGUAGAGUCAUUGGAAGCACCGGAUCUGAUGCCAAGAGGAUCCGUAAUAUUAUGGCAAUUGCAAAGCAUACUCAACUUAUAUAACUAUAAACUAUGGAAUUACUUGAAGAGAAAUAUGAAGCUACAAUUUUAACUAUAGAAGAAGGAAGAUGGAAUUACCAAAAGAGAAAAAAAGUUUUUAGC